AUGUAUCUCAGAGUUGGAGAAAUUUUGAUGAUCACCUAUUCCCUACAAGGCAUAGAUAUAAUUAUUUGUGUCCUAACAACUUCAUGGCAUGCUCAAUUAUCUAUUAACUUAGCUAUGUUAGGCUCUUUGACUAUUGUUGUAGCUCACCAUAUGUAUUCUAUGCCUCCUUAUCCAUACCUAGCUACCGACUAUGGGACCCAACUAUCAUUGUUCACACAUCACAUGUGGAUUGGUGGAUUUCUCAUAGUUGGUGAUGCUGUGCACGCAGCCAUCUUUAUGGUAAGAGACUAUGAUCCAACUACUCGAUACAACGAUCUAUUAGAUCGUGUCCUUAGGCAUCGCGAUGCAAUCAUAUCACAUCUAAACUGGGUAUGCAUAUUUUUAGGCUUUCACAGUUUUGGUUUGUAUAUUCAUAAUGAUACCAUGAGCGCUUUAGGGCGCCCCCAAGAUAUGUUUUCAGAUACCGCUAUACAAUUACAACCCGUCUUUGCUCAAUGGAUACAAAAUACCCACGCUUUAGCACCGAACACAACGGCUCCUGGUGCAACAACAAGCACCAGUUUGACUUGGGGCGGUGGUGAUUUAGUGGCAGUGGGGGGCAAGGUUGCUUUGUUACCUAUUCCAUUAGGAACUGCAGAUUUUUUGGUCCAUCACAUUCAUGCAUUUACAAUUCAUGUAACGGUAUUGAUACUCCUAAAGGGUGUUCUAUUUGCUCGUAGCUCGCGAUUAAUACCGGAUAAAGCAAAUCUCGGUUUUCGUUUCCCUUGUGAUGGACCCGGAAGAGGAGGGACAUGCCAAGUAUCCGCUUGGGAUCAUGUCUUCUUGGGGCUAUUCUGGAUGUACAAUGCAAUUUCAGUAGUCAUAUUCCAUUUCAGUUGGAAAAUGCAGUCAGAUGUUUGGGGUACUAUAAGCGAUCAAGGGGUAGUUACUCAUAUCACAGGAGGAAACUUUGCGCAGAGUUCCAUUACCAUUAAUGGGUGGCUCCGCGAUUUCUUAUGGGCGCAAGCCUCCCAGGUAAUUCAGUCUUAUGGUUCUUCAUUAUCUGCAUAUGGUCUCUUUUACAUUUUUGCCGAGGGAGCAACUCCAUUUUUCACCUUGAAUUGGUCAAAAUACGCGGAUUUUCUUACUUUUCGUGGAGGAUUAGAUCCAGUAACUGGCGGUUUAUGGCUGACUGAUAUUGCGCACCAUCAUUUAGCUAUUGCGAUUCUUUUCCUGAUAGCUGGUCACAUUCCUUAUCCAAACCUAGCUACCGACUAUGGGACUCAACUAUCAUUGUUCACACAUCACAUGUGGAUUGGUGGAUUUCUCAUAGUUGGUGCUGCUGCGCACGCAGCCAUCUUUAUGGUAAGAGACUAUGAUCCAACUACUCGAUACAACGAUCUAUUAGAUCGUGUUCUUAGGCAUCGCGAUGCAAUCAUAUCACAUCUAAAUUGGGUAUGCAUAUUUUUAGGCUUUCACAGUUUUGGUUUGUAUAUUCAUAAUGAUACCAUGAGUGCUUUAGGGCGCCCCCAAGAUAUGUUUUCAGAUACCGCUAUACAAUUACAACCCGUCUUUGCUCAAAGUGAGCAUUCAAAUAUCUGUCCUACAUUCAUUCUUGACGAAACUCCUAAUGAGUUGAAGACCAUAUCAACGGGUCUUCCAUUUUUCAAAUAA